UCAUCGUCGUCAUCAUCAUCAUCCUCCUCAUCCUCAGGAGGAGGAAACUCCUCCUUAGCAGCAGACGGCGCGUUCUGUCGCCUCUCCGGCGCAAUAUGGUCUCCUGGAUCAUCUCCAGACUUGUGGUGUUGGUGUUUGGUACGCUAUAUCCUGCCUAUUCCUCUUAUAAAGCUGUCAAGUCCAAAGAUGUAAAAGAAUAUGUGAAAUGGAUGAUGUAUUGGAUAAUAUUUGCCCUCUUUACAUCCGUGGAAGUAUUCACAGAUAUGUUUCUUUGCUGGCUUCCUUUCUACUACGAACUGAAGAUAGCCUUUGUGGUGUGGUUAUUGUCGCCGUACACUAAAGGGUCAAGUGUGCUCUACAGGAAAUUUGUCCAUCCCACUCUUUCCUCCAAAGAAAAGGAUAUUGACGACUACAUCUGCCAGGCCAAGGACAAAAGCUACGACACGCUGGUGCAUUAUGGGAGAAAAGGACUGAAUGUGGCCGCCACCGCUGCUGUCAUGGCUGCAACAAAGGGCCAAGGAGUUCUAACAGACAGGCUGAGGAGUUUCAGCAUGCAAGAUCUGGCGGGGUAUGAGUCGGACACGGCCGGCUCCGCGCAGCCGACAAGCGGGGAAACAGCCGCUCAGCACCGGGCUCGCACCAUGAUCCGGAGCAAGUCGGAGAGCUACCACAAAGAUUUUGACAUGACUGAUUAUGAGGUGUUGGCGUUAGACCAAAGGGAGCCGGAGGACUCGCUGACACCUGAUUUCUCCCCACCCUCGACGCCUUCUCCCACUCCUCCACCUCCGGAGGAGUUAGAUGAGGGAGCGAAGGGUACGCGGGGGGCUCCGAUCACGCCUCAGCUCGGGCUGGUGAAAAGAAAAGCUCCCGAGCCUCCCCUUAGAGUCUUAAGGCCUCUCACGAGACCCAGGAGCGCUGUGUUCAAACACUGAAGCCACGUGAGCGCGUGGGCAGUGGACAUCAACGCCUCCAACCGUCUCCAGCUUGCUGCAACACGUAAUUUUAAUAAAAGGAACCUUACGUGAGUGAAGCGGCACUGCUUUGGAAUUCGGUAUUACCGAAGUGACCUGUGACGACCUGUCUAUGUGAUAGUUUAUGAUACAGCAAGGACAACAAGUGAGCCCAGUGCUGAUCAAAUUAAUUACAUGUACAGUGUUUUGUUUUUUGUUUUUUUUUCUGUCACAUUUGGUGGGGCACUCGCAUGUGUGUCUGGCCACGCAUUAUUAGUUGUGCUACAGAAUAGAGCUGUAGCAGGUCCUCGCUUGUCAUAAAAAAAAAAGUGUUAAGUCACCACGAGUCAAAUGCACGGCUACAGUGGUGUACACGAUGUGGAAAAGUAUUAUGUGAGUCCUAAAAACAACAGCUUGUCAUGAAAAGUCAAGCAGCAGUGACUGAAUUAUUUACCGCUGUUAAAGCCUUAAGGAACGAGACAUGAGACAAGUACCACAUGGUGAUAGGUAGUAGAGAGCCACAAGUAUUUGGACAGCGUUUUCAAUUUGUGAUUGACGUGUCUGAAGGCUGUCAGUCAGAAGUUUACCUUCAGUUGUACAGGUCUCACAAAUAUUGUUUUGGGAAUUUACCAUUUAGGUAUUUCAGCCAAUCUAUGCAGGGUACCCCAGGAUCUUUGGUAGGAAAAAAUAAAAACACCAACUGUCCUAGUACUUCUCGACCAAACUAAUGUGUUCACAUUAAUUCCUUUUGCACUAAGUCCCUUUGCCCUCACUUCUGGAAAUUGACCCAAUAGAGCAGGUGCAUCUCAAUAAUUUGGUGAAAAAAAUUCUUUCAGUCGUUCAAUUCAAAAAGGGGGUUGUCAAGCUGCCACAAUAGUCACCAUACACUUCUUUUUUGGGGGGUGGUGGUCUUGUUUCAAGUAUCAAUCGGCAGACAUCGGGGCAUUAGCAUUUGGUUGGCUCAGCAAUUUUUACAAGCAGCUUUCCCUUGUCCAUGUCUUGCCUAUCGACAUUGUAGCAGUGUUGCACAAUUGUCUACCGGUGAGAAUUUCUUUUUUUCCUCUCUGACCACACCUCAGUGCCAUUUCGAGACGCUUUAUGCGCCAACAAUUUACGCUAUCCGUGGCAAGUUUGUCGAAACAAGAUCGGUUCUUGACCACCACUGAUGAAAACAACAAAUUCUUAGAGCAGGUGUUCACGCAAAGCCAGAAUAAGUGCAUCUGGGGGGGAGGCACUGCAACUCAGCAUCAACAAAAGCUUGAUUCGGCGGAUGCUUCAGAGACCGAUAAAGUUUGAGCAUCAAUCUUCCGUUUUAUAAACACUGUUCCAAUGUUAUUCCAAAACCUAAUGGCAAAUGUAGAUUGCCUCGCAUCUGUUUGAAUGAUACCUGAAAUUAAAAAAAAAAAAAGGAAGCAUAUUGUGAGUUUUGGGACACUUUAUAUAAUAUAUAUUGCACCCAGUGAAAUAUUCAAUUUCUUUAGAAUCUAACUGAUUAUUAAUCUUUUAACAAAAAAUCCAAAACUUACCAUCUUAACAAUCAAAAUAGUUUUAAUACAGAAAUUAAAUUCUGAAAACAAUUUUCCUGUGUUAAAUAAGACUACUGAACUAAAUAUACUUAUCGAUGAUAUUAUUCUUGAAGAUGCACCUGAAUGUGCGGUGAGCAUCCGUUUUUGUAGGCCACUUUCACAGAAAAUUGAAUGAUUUUGACAAUCUACUGCAACCAUUUUUUUUUUGGGGGGGGGGGUGUCCUUUAUUUAGCCAUAUAAUGCAAAUCAAAACAUCACUGACAUUAUUACAUUGUAUUUUCUAUUUUAAGUCACUGUUCUUUUAUUUCCUGAGCAUUUCUACUGUGGAAUUCUUGAAAUUUUGUAGAUUCAUCAUUUUAGCAUACUGUAUGUGUGCAUGUGUUUUUAAAGGGCCCGUCUACGACUUACUUCAUUCAGACUACACGCACACAACCGAAACGUUCACACAUACCUCUAAAAGCUCGCAAAUGACAUCACACAUACUGAAAAUCCACAGUAUCCUUAAUACGCUUUCAUACGUUAUACUGGCAUGCACUCAUAUACUUCAGUACACAUUUCAGUAUAGUGUGAGAGCAUUUGUGUAUAAGGUCAAUCUUUAAUUAUGUCCUUAAUGGCCACACGUAGUGUUUUGUCUUCACUUUCUGAACAUGUUGUUACUGAGCAUCGGCAACAUUUGAGCGUCACCGUCAGUUGACAGCCGGACCUGCACAGUAGUAAUGUUCUUGUCAUCAGUGCAUUCUCAGUGCUAAAACUAUAGCUUCUCAGGUACAAUAGUCUUGUUUACAUAGCACUCACUAGAUUGUUGUAAAUACACUCGUUAUUCAUAUCAAGUUUCCCUUAAAUGGAUGUGAUUAAAAAAAAUACAUGAAUGGGAAAACUGUUUCAGCAUUAGUAUCACUGUUCCUUCGUACUAAACAACGUGGACAAAUAUUUGCUUCGAUCAAAAAUGUCACCGUUGCAUUAUUGUGAAUGUAAAGUGGGGGUGAUACAGUAUAGCCAAGUACUGUAGUAGUACAGCAUUUCAUCCAGCCUGCCACAUGAUUUGAAAAAAAAAAAAACAGAGGAGCAGUUGGGGAAAAAGAAGCCCGGAAUAAUUAACCUGAAUGCUAAAAAAAAAACCACAAUACACACGUUUGAUGUUGAAUCAUAUUUGUUCAGAUACUGCAUGUCCCUAGGAAGACUUUGUAAAACCUGAAAUGAUCACCAACAAGAAAAAAGGUUACCUAGCCCCGCUUUAGAUCAAAUUAUUCGGUAAAUUAAUGGAAAUGAAUCUACAGAUUAUUAAAUGCUUCCACCUUCACCUGCAGGGAUAUCUUACGAGUUUCUGUUCUGGCAGGCCAGAAUGACUAAACAAGUGACUUCAAAUAAAUCUGCACUACAUAGAAAAGUGAUGACAUUUACUACUGGUAAAAAUCAAAUUACACCCAUUAAAGAUGAAGCAAAUGGUGUACGUGACUGACUCCAUUAUUAUUUUAUUUGUACUGUGGUUAAAAAAAAAUGGAUGCAAUGACAAUUUUUGAUGACAACAUUAUAUUAUACCAAGAUGCCAAUU